AUGGAGGAGGAUGCGUUAAAAAUAGCUUCUUUACUCCAAUCUUUUCAGGAUCUCCAUCAGAGGCUCGAUUUGUCUUUUACCUCCAACUUUUCACUCACUAUUAAGAUAGAUGAGCUUUUGGGGAAACAAGAGGAAUUAUGCAAAUCGAAAUCCGAGUUAGAAGUGAAGGUUGAGGAUCUUUCUUCUGAAUUGGCCGAGGUUAAGAAAGCUUUGGAGUUGGCCAAUACUAAGGUGGAUGGCUUGAGUGCUGAGAUGGAAGCCUUCUUGAAGUCCAUGGCUGAAAAGGACGUUCAGUUUCAGAAGUUCCAGGCCGACUUCGAGGAAGCUCGGACCGUCAUUAUAAACGCCGAUGUUGAAUCCUUUGCCAAUGCCAUUGCACAAGCUCGGGUCUUGAACCCCGGUCUUAUUACGGAAGGGAUGGACGUUUCCUAUGGAGUGAAAGAUGGAUCAAUCAUUCCUGGAACUCUGGGUUCUGAAUCUCCAGAGGAGGAGGAAACCGAGGCCGAGGGGUCUUCCCAAAUUGCGGCGAGCUUGCCAUCUUUGGCAUUUUUGUUGCCGAUGUCCGCUCUCCUUAACACCAAAUCGCCGUUCUGGAACGACCGAGGAUGGCUCUCUGAUCUCUACUGGGGUCAUAACCUCACAUCCAUAUGUCAGCUUGAAGGGAGUUUCCUCUGUGGCGGGUUGGGCACUCGUUCUAAAGCAGAUAUUGAGACUUAUUUGACUGACAAAGCUUCGUUGCGCAAACCACUAAAGGAGAAAUCUAGAGAAAAGUCAGCAAAACAUAUAGAGAAGACUUAUAUUGUCUACAUGGGUGAUCAUCCUAAGGACAUGGACUCCACAUCCUUACCUUUUCUUCAUAUGGACAUGGCUCAAAAGAUCCUUGGCAGUGAUUUUGCACCAGAAGCUAUACUUCACAGCUACAAGAGCUUUAAUGGGUUCGUCAUGAAAUUAACAGAAGAGGAGGCGGAAAGAAUGGCAGAAAUGGACACUGUCGUCUCUGUUUUCCCAAACAAAAAGAACCGUCUUCACACAACAAGAUCGUGGGACUUCCUAGGCUUUCCCCAGCAAGUCAAAAGAACAAGUAUUGAGAGUGACAUAAUUGUUGGAGUAUUAGACUAUGGAAUUUGGCCAGAGUCUGAGAGCUUCAGUGACAAAGGAUUUGGUCCACCACCAAGCAAAUGGAAGGGAUCAUGCCAUAACUUUACCUGCAACAACAAAGUGAUAGGUGCAAAAUUCUUUAAUAUCGAAAGUUAUUAUACCAAAGAGGACAUAAAAUCUCCUAGGGAUACAGAAGGGCACGGGUCACACUGUGCAUCAACGAUUGCUGGAAACUUGGUUAACCAUGCAAGUCUACUAGGCUUUGCCAGCGGAACAGCCCGUGGAGGAGUUCCAUCAGCACGAAUUGCUGUGUACAAAAUAUGUUGGAAAUCUGGUUGUUCAGAAGCUGACACACUUGCAGCAUUUGAUGAAGCAAUUAUUGAUGGAGUUGACCUGAUUUCUACAUCAACGGGAGCAGAUGUCAUAGUAUACCCUGAGUAUUUUGAAGAUGCAAUUAAUAUAGGAAGUUUCCAUGCAAUGAAAAGAGGCAUAUUGAGGUCAAAUUCUGCUAAUAAUUUGGGUCCGGAGCUUUACUCUAUGACAAAUUAUCCCCCUUGGUUACUUUCUGUGGCUGCUACCACUAUUAACAGAAAGUUCGUUACCAAGCUCCAAUUGGGCAAUGGCAUGGUUUAUGAGGGGGUUUCAAUGAACACAUUUGAUCUCAAAAGCAAAAUGUUUCCCCUGAUUGUAUCAUCCGGGUUUUUGUCUGGUGCGGUUGGUGUUAUUGUUGGAGCCACUGGUCAGAAAGACCGAACAACUGCAUUUGCCCUGCCUGCCACUGUUCUCACAACUAACGACUUCAGACUCGUAAAUUCUUACAUUGAUUUAGCGGGCAAAAACGCAACAGCCACCAUAUUCAGGAGUGAUGAAGUCAAUAAUUCGUUAGCACCUUACGUAGCUUCGUUCUCAUCAAGAGGUCCAAAUCCAAUUACUCCAAACAUUCUUAAGCCUGAUCUCGCUGCCCCCGGUGUUAAUAUUAUAGCUGCAUAUUCUCCAAUGUCCCCAAUUUCACAUGUCCAAGGUGACAAAAGACUAGUAAAAUAUAAUGUAAUUUCUGGCACUUCAAUGGCUUGUCCUCAUGCUGCUGGGGCAGCCGUAUACGUCAAAUCAUUUCACCCCAAUUGGUCUGCUGCUAUGAUCAAGUCUGCCUUGAUGACCACAGCUACCCCAAUGAGUGUUGCUCUUAAUCCUGAAGCUGAAUUUGCAUAUGGGGCGGGGCAAAUUAAUCCACUUAAGGCAGCAAAUCCUGGUUUAGUAUAUGAUAUUAGCGAAGCAGAUUAUGUCAAGUUCUUAUGCGGUGAGGGGUAUACCAAUGAAAAGCUCAGAGUACUCACUCAAGAUCAUGCUAAGUGCAGCAAAAAACCUAACAAGUUAGUUGUAUACAACCUUAAUCUCCCAUCAUUUGCUCUCAAAGUAAACGCCUCUUUCUAUCGUGUUUUUCAUCGAACAGUUACAAAUGUGGGAUCAGCAACAUCUAGUUAUAAAGCCCAAUUGAUGUUUCCAUCAUUCUUGGAUAUUCAAGUGAAACCAGAUGUUCUGUCCUUCACAUCUAUUGGACAGAAAAAGUCAUUCUCGGUCAUAAUUGUUGGGAAGAUUAAUGUGGAAACAACCUCUGCCUCUUUGGUUUGGGAUGAUGGGAAUUAUCAAGUUAGAAGUCCAGUUGUUAUAUAUAGUGAUCCUUGA